AUGGAGAAAGAUGGGGUGGCCACAGCAACGGCACAAAACAUGAACAACGGGGUUCGAGGACUUCGGAGACUUGCAGGAUCGAUUAGUCGAACGCUGAGUGGGACCAAAUUUGAACAAAGAAAGCAACUGCAUGAAGUUGAAGAAAAGAAGCGUUUCUUCCUUAGAAAAGUGAGAUGGCAAAUUGCUCUACUCGCAAAUGUCGGUUUUAUGAUUGCUUUCGGAAUACGAAGUAAUUUCGGGGUGGCAAAGAGUCGCAUGACCACGAAUUUCACUGACGCUUAUGGAUAUGUUCAUGAGAAAGAGUUUUCAUGGACAGCUUCUGAACUAGGCCUUAUGGAAUCAUCGUUCUUCUAUGGAUACGCAGUCUCACAAAUCCCCGCUGGAAUGUUGGCGGCGAAAUUUGCGCCAAAUAGAUUAUUGGGUCUUGGGGUUGCAUUUGCUGGCCUCCUCAACAUCGCCACAGCGAUCACACUCAAAUUCCAUCCAUUCACAGAUUUCGCGGUUAUGAUUUGCCAGGCUUUACAAGGAGUUGCCUUAGGAGUAACUUAUCCAGCAAUGCAUGGCGUGUGGAGACAUUGGGCACCUCCAAUGGACCGUUCUCGUUUAGCCACAACUACGCUUACUGGAGCCUAUUUUGGUGUGAUGGUCGGCUUACCCCUCACAACCUAUCUGAUUCUUCACUACAGCUGGAGCACACCGUUUUACUUUUUCGGAGUCCUUGGGGUGGUUUGGGCAAUCGUGUGGCUUUGGGUGUCGGCUCGAACUCCAGCCGAACAUUCAUUCAUUUCUGAAAGUGAGCGAGCAUUCAUCAUUGAUCGUGUCGGUCAAGUGACUCUUUCUAAUAUGACGUUAUCAACAAUUCCAUGGGGAACAAUUCUCAAAUCGCCGGCCGUCUGGGCGAUCAUCGUUUGUAAUUUCAGUCGCUCGUGGACAUUUUUCUUAUUGAUGAGCAAUCAAGUGCAAUAUAUGAAAGAUGUGCUUGGAAUUGAUAUGCAAAAGGCGGGUGGACUCUCGAUUAUCCCUCAAAUACUUCUCAUUCUCACCGUUCUUUCAUCUGGACAAAUGGCUGAUUACUUGCGAUCAACGGGAAGGAUGACAACAGGACAAGCUAGAAAACUCUUUAAUACAAUAGGGUUUGGUGGUGAAGCGUUAUUUUUGUGUCUCCUUGCUUUCGUCUCUUCUCCAACUCUUGCCAUUCUUUGUCUUGUUGCCGGAGCUGGUUGCGGGGGAAUCAGUGUUGCUGGUUUCAAUGUGAACCACUUUGACAUCGCACCCCGGUAUGCCCCGAUCUUGAUGGGAUUCUCGAAUGGUAUUGGAGCGCUUGCUGGUGUGGGCAGUAUGAUCACAAACAAUCUCACACAUGAUAAUCCAGCUGGUUGGAAAUGGGUGUUCUUGUUAGCGAUGGUUGUCGACCUUAUUGGCAUUGCGUUUUUCUUGAUUUUUGCUAAAGGAGAAGUGCAGGACUGGGCAAAAGAGCAAGAGCCGGAGAUCACCACAAAGGAGAUUGUUCAUCGCAUCUCUACAAUCGUUCGCCGAAUGUCUACGCGGUUAUCGAUGCGAAGCCAAAGCCAAGCCAAAGAUACCAAGGAAGAGGUCACUUUUGGGAUGUCAAUGGAUACAGGAUUAGCGGCACUGCGCAGCCGGGUGAGCGGUGCAAGAGGAGCGACUCAACCACUAUCGGGAACCACCCCUCAUGGUUCCACUCCACAAAAAGGCCUUCGAGGAUUGCACGGUGUCAAUAAUCAAGGAUUCUCGGCAACAAUUGGAGCUCUUGGCGGCAUUUCGGAGGCUCCCGAAUCGAUUCGCUACAAAGAUAGCCAUGAUUUCUAUAAUAGAAUAUUCAUC